UGCCCCCACAAUCACGCUCCUCAUUCCCUCGUACGGUCACUGAUGCGCGAUCCUCCGUGACUUCAAUCUGUCGGAACCUCACCCACUUGGUAUGCUAGCGAUGGCGACAAUGCGUUGUAACUUCCGCCGUCGCGUUGGUCACGCGAACCGAAAGCUUUGUGUAUUCGAGGAAUACCCUUAUCAACGAAUUCCGACCAAGAAAGACGAAGUUACCUUUGGCGGUGGUGACGCUGAUGCUUCAGGAACCAAAAGAACAGUAACCAUAAAAAUAAAAAUAAAGGCCAAAAAUGGAGGGGCCCGCUUUCUUCGUGCAAUCAUGUGGUGCAAUUGCAAGCUCACAACCACACGAGCACAGAUACGCUGGGGUCUCACGGCGGGAUGCAAUUGCAACGGACAUUCGGAGACACCCACAGAGCCUGUCCAUCCUGCCACGAGGAGUGCAAUCGUGAUUCGCACUGGCAUGGUCUAGACUUCCUGAGAGCGAAUCUUUGGCAGUAGUGGAAUUGUGGGUGAAGACGAGGGCGAGAUUGUGGAAGUUUAGGGUAGUAGCGGACCAUGAUGGAUCGGACUAUGGCUAUGUGGGGCGGAGGUGCAGCCAUCACCCUUGCUUGUAUGCGUCCGAGCUCCGCUAGCGCAGCGUUCGAUUCGCCGCAGAUUCAUGGAUUGAAGGAUGACCGAAAUGUGUUUGAAGGGUCUCGAUUACAGCAGAGGAAGAAGGUGCCAGGGUUUGUGGACAUUGUGGUGGAAGUGCCCAAAGGGAGUUUCGUGAAGCGACUGCCACAUGGUGCUGUGGAUUACGUGGGACCGGUGCCUUGCCCGUUCAAUUACGGGUCCGUGCCUGCAAUACCUGCACCUGAUGGCGAUCCUUUAGAUGCCAUAAUCCUCGGCAAUCAUCUCCCAUACGGCUACACAGGGAAAGUGAAAGUCAAAGGUGUGAUGAAGUUCAUAGAUGCAGGAUUGGUGGACGACAAGCUGAUCUGCACGCAGCUGAUACCUGGAGCUGAGAAUGGCACUGGCAGAAACGGUGAAUUCUCCGAUCCAGCAUCUGAAGACCUAACAAUGCUGGACCUGUUCACCCUCACGUCGUUUUUCAACGUAUAUACUGCCUGCAAAAGCACAUUAAACUUGAUGAGAGGUAAAGCUGGGCGCACAGCUUAUGAAGGGUGGGAGCUUUUUGAACAGUAAUAACAGUAGCUGGCAACCUUCUUCGUAUAUUCUUAUAAUAAGAAUGUGGGGUAGUGCCCAUAGUUAAUGUUCUGACAUUCCCUGAACUCAUCAAGUCUUUGUUUCCAUGUAACAUAAUUCUGGUAAAGAGUUUCCUUCGUAGUGGUUGCACUUGUUUCUUGCAA